CUGUGUGGUGAAACUGUGCGAGGUGUACAACUUCUAGUAAACUUGUUACACAUCACAAUGGCGAUCCUCAAGUUGAUAUUGUUCUGCACUCUAGCGGCCGCAGUUCGCGGACUUCCAGAGCACGUCGAUUAUGCUUCACUGCACGCCAAACCUGAACUGGUAGCCUACGAUUCGGCCUACUUUAAACCAGAACAUCUCGCAUACGCACCAACUUACGCCAAGUCUGUGGAUUACUACGCUCACCCCAAAUACCAUUUUAAUUACGGCGUGAAGGAUCAUCACACAGGCGAUUUGAAGAGUCAAUGGGAGCAAAGAGACGGCGAUAAAGUCAAAGGAUCCUACAGUGUUCUUGAACCAGACGGCUCUAUUCGGACAGUCGAUUACACAGCUGAUGACCUCCACGGUUUCAACGCGGUUGUUAAGAAAACAGGCCCAUCCCGACACCCAGUUUCGAGACACAUUUCUCCCAGUCAUCAAGUGAUGGAACCCAUCAUAUCAGAUGCAAAGCCGGUCUCACCAAUAAUUUCUGUUACUAAAUCAAUCCCACCAAUGAGAUCAACUAGUUACAUCACACCAUUUUCGGCUUACGCCUCUGGAAAACACUACUAUUACCCGGAUCUCGGUGGGUUAAGUGCAUAUAAAGUCCCUGGUGGUCUAAGUUCGUACGAUUCAGGACUAUAUAAUGUACAGGCUCUGAGUGACGGUAGUUCAACACAUGCUGCUAAUCCCGGACCAGUUCUGUUCCCUGACACACCGGAAGAGACAGAAAAUGAAAGCUCAGACAGAAAACAGGUGCAGAUCCCAGUUGGUUACUUCAGCAGGCGAGAUGAGACGCCGCAACUUGUUAGGCUACAACGCGAGUUCUUCAGCGGCCGGUCCCAGCCAAAUGGCCGUGACUAGAGGUGCCUGGCGCUACUAUUAUUGAAGGCGAACUUGUGGCAAGAAAUUACAGUCACCAUCCUACGGCAUACUGAAAUUAUGCAGCAAAUCCUCGUUUUGCGAUGAUACGGAUCACGAACUGUGACUAACUUUUAACUGAUCAGCAUG